GGAAACAGAUAGCUCCAUAGCAACAAUCGACAACGGUUGUGUUGCUGUCUAGCAAGUGUUUGGGCAGUGUUGAUAACGUGUUCGACUGAAACCCAAAACGACAACCAGAAGGGGGUGAAAGGAGAACAAUACACACGAUGGCUGCUGUAACAACUCUUCAAAGUAGGGAAAUUCCUCCCGAAAUGCCAAUUUUGCAGCCACCACCGCCCAGAGCCGUGAUGGAGACAACUUACACUGGAAACACUGGUAACGAUAUGGGGAUAUCAACGAUGGGGUUCAGGGCUUCGAAAUAUGCCCCAAACGAAUGGCAUGAAAGCAAUUACGGAAAGUAUUAUCACUCCUUUGUUGACCGUGAUAGUGCUGAGAGGAUCCGACACGAGUCUAAAAGGUGUGCCAACGAAACGGAAGCAACCACUAACAAAACACAGUCGGAGGUCACGAAAAAAUUAGGAGAACGAAUUCAGGACAUUAAUUUCUGGAAAUUCGAAUUAGAAAGGGAGAUUCGGGAUGUAAUUGCAGAAACAGAUGUGCUGUUAGACCAGAAAAAACGUCUCGAGAACGCCACUCGAGCUACAGAAAUCCCUCUGCAUAUCGCAACAGAUAAUCUCAACUGUCGUCAGAGGCGCACAGGAGUUGACCUAGUCCAAGACAGUGUUGAAUUGGGCCUUUUAAAGGAGGUAGAAAUGAUUAACAAUGUUCAGGAUUUGCUAAGGAAAACCACAGAUCAAGCAGAAAGACAAAUUAAAUUGAACAGAGAAGCAAAACAGAACCUCGAGAUGGACUGGAGUGAUAAGAAAGACUCCCUAGAAAUCGACACAUGUUCCGGUGCUCUGAGGAAUGGACACACAAAUAAACAAUUCUAUUCCGGAGCUGCAAAAUUCGAAGAAAUUCAGUCAACACCCGAGUCAUGGGCUCAGUACACACAUGAUAACAUUGUGAAGGCCGAACACGAGAGGAUGGCUUCAAUUCAGUUGAGACAGUUGAUCGACAAUAUUCUGGAGGACACAUCACGCGAUAUGCGUGAACAGUGCGACACUGUCGACCUCAACUUCCAGAAGAGGAUCGAAGAAAUGGAAGACGCUAAGACAAAGAUGGAGGAAAACCUCCAAAAGGUUUGUGAUGAAAUUGCUCAAAUGGAAAAGAACAUAGAUAUGCUUAAGAAAGCUAUCCGUGAUAAGGAAAAUCCAAUGAAGGUAUCCCAGACGAGACUGGACAACAGGACAUACCGGCCAGGAGUUGAGCUCUGUCGAGAUCCAGUGCAAUACAAAUUGGUCGGCGAGGUUAACGAGAUCAGUCAGUCUAUCGAUGCCCUCGCAGAGAGGCUGAACAACUCCGAGAACUCGCGGAAGGAUCUUCAAGACAACAGGAUGGCAUUGGAGAAAGAAAUUGCUACCAAGAAAAACAGCAUUUUCAUUGAUAGAGACAAAUGUGUGACGGUACGAACCAGGUACCCAACCACCCUGAAGCUACAGGGAUAUCAGUAAAAUUUGAAACUUAAAAAAGAAAAAGAAAAACACUUUCAAAUGUUGUCUGUUGACAUUUUUCCUUAUCAGUAUUCAGGGUGCCCUGGGCUGAAAUCUUGCUAACUUAUAUCCAAAUCACCCAAUAUACACUUGUCAAUUUCAGUAUCAUGCCAUACUUCUUUGAUCGACAGUUUGCACUGCACCACGUUAUCCUGUAUGGGAUUCAUCAACUUUUUCUCUGCAUGAAUCAUGUGUGUUCUUUUAAAUGUUACUCUUAAUCCAAUUCCUGGAUUCGAAAGGAGAGUUGCGAAUAUUUCUCGACAUCCGAAAUUUCAAUAUAUUUUUUUUGCUUUUAAUGUUUUUGUUAACUAUAAAAAGAUGAUUAUCUACGAACAUUUGUGGACCAAAAUACUGUGAUAAGUUAAAUUAAGGUAUAUAUUUGAUGUAGGCUAUUAUUUGAUGUAAAUAUGUACAUGUACGAAAAACUUGUUUGUUGCAAUGGUGGAAUGAAUACACAUAUAUCUCAUAGUUGUAAUGUGAAUAAAAUAUCAUAUUUGGCACGAUU